GGCAACGCUGCCAGCAUUUCCAUUCCAUCACCAGGCUGGGGCUGAAUAAAGGCGUGUUUGUGUGGUAGUGUUUCUUUUUAAAAAAUCUCAACGCCAAGAAGAACAAGCUGAAAUAGCAUUUUCAAAAAUGGAGCGUAAAAUAAACAGAAGAGAAAAAGAAAAGGAGUAUGAAGGGAAACAUAACAGCCUGGAAGAUGCUGACCAGGGAAAGAACUGCAAAUCCACCCUGAUGACCCUCAACGUUGGUGGAUACUUAUACAUUACUCAGAAACAAACACUGACCAAGUACCCAGACACUUUCCUUGAAGGUAUAGUAAAUGGAAAAAUCCUCUGCCCAUUUGAUGCCGAUGGUCAUUAUUUCAUAGACAGGGAUGGGCUCCUCUUCAGGCAUGUUCUAAACUUCCUACGAAACGGAGAACUUCUACUGCCAGAAGGGUUUCGAGAAAAUCAACUUCUCGCACAAGAAGCAGAAUUCUUUCAGCUCAAGGGACUGGCGGAGGAAGUGAAGUCCAGGUGGGAAAAAGAACAGCUAACACCCAGGGAGACUACUUUCCUGGAAAUAACAGAUAACCAUGAUCGCUCACAAGGACUGAGAAUCUUCUGUAAUGCUCCUGAUUUCAUAUCAAAAAUAAAAUCUCGCAUUGUUCUGGUGUCCAAAAGCAGGCUGGAUGGCUUUCCAGAGGAGUUUUCAAUAUCGUCAAACAUCAUUCAAUUUAAAUACUUCAUAAAGUCUGAAAAUGGCACUCGACUUGUACUGAAGGAAGACAACACCUUUGUCUGCACCUUGGAAACUCUUAAGUUCGAGGCCAUAAUGAUGGCCUUGAAGUGUGGUUUUAGACUGCUGACCAGCCUGGAUUGCUCCAAAGGGUCGAUUGUUCACAGCGAUGCACUUCAUUUUAUCAAGUAAUUACCUGUGUCACGAACAAAGGCAACAAGCAUGCAGCCAGCAAGCUUCGGAAAACCACAGCAUCAAAGGCAUCCCAAAUAACGUGCCCAGCUAGCUCUGUACUCAGAGACCUGCUGCUAAUCAAUUACUGUGAGCUAACGGUAUGUAAAUUCUAUCGCUAAAGAUGUCCUUCUCUAGGGUGUUCCUGCUGAUCAGACUCGUACACUUAAAGUGAAAACAGUGAUCUUCUACAUAUUGUAAAUAAAGACUGAAUGCUUUUGCUAUUUGUUUAUUUUUCCUUCAGCUGUCUUUCAAUCAGAAUGUCUUAAGUAUUUGCACAAUGAACAAGCAUGUACAUUAUCUAUCGUUCUUUCAAGUAAAUGGUAAUAAAAUAUUUUAAGGGACUGUAAGAUUUUAAAUCCUUGCUACUUAUGGCAAAAAUCUACAAAGAAAACUGAACUGGUAAAUUUAACCAUUGAGACCAAGACAGAUAUGCAGAUCUACUAAAACAGAGCUGUGGUGAAACAAAAUGAGAUUGUAAGAAUUAAAGUUAUGGAUUUAAUUUUUAAUGGUAGGCACCAAAAGCUUGUUCAUAGUUUCUGUAUUUCAUACUAGAAUUACAGCUGAAUUGAUAUAUUGCUGAAAAUUCCUAGAAAACGGCUUGAUGACAAUAAAAAAAAAAAGAAAGC